AUGCUAAAAAUAGCAAAAAAAUACAAUGUCAGUUUCGCUCCAAUCAAACUCUCAAAAAAUCUGAAAAAACAACUACCUGCGUGGUGCCAUCUAGGAGCCCCGCCAAAGACCUAUAAUAAACAAAGAGAUACAUGCCUACAAAACAACCAUAAGGCCCAAAAAAUUAAACACCUGAUCAAAAUAAGCAAAAAAAUCUCACCAAACAAUAACGAGACAACCAAUGACAAUAAGAAACACUACCCCCGGAGGAACUGCGCCUGCAAAUACUGUAUAAAAGACAGAAUGAAAGGCUGCGAAAACCCUCACAAAUGCGCAACAAUAGCAAAAGAGAUCCUAAAUAAAAUAAAUCCAAAACUAAACACCAAAAUGAAACCAAAAAAAGACGGACUAUCACUCACCCAUAACAGGAAAGAAAAAAACCAACAAGCGCACGAAAGGAGAAGGGGCGAGAUCAUCUUUGACCCCACAAUAACAACCUGA